AGACUGUUUUCUACAUUCUUGUUAUACAGCUACCACCGCUUGUAUCCAUCGAAAAAUCAUCGCUGUUCUGUUUCUCACCAUAUAUAGUCGAUUUCGCAAAGGCUCUACUGUCCACAGGACUCAUUCAACAAAAAGCUAGUUAUUUUCAUGACUUGUAAAUCUAAGGGAAGGAUAAUUGCCAAAAUAGUUGUACACUUGAUUUGGAUGUCUCAUGCCUGAUGGAGUGUUUUAAAUCAUAGCUAUGUGUAAUACUUAAAAAUAACAGAAUGUGCCAACUUUGUUUAAAAAUAAUAGUGAAAAGAGAAGAUACUUCCAAAUGAACCUGGCUGGAUAUCGAUGGUAAUAACUUGACAAUACUCAUAUAAUUUAUCACACGGAUUAUAUAAUAGAGCUUCAUGAAAUGGAGGAUAGCACUUACAAGAGCAGUAAUGGAUGAAAUGUAUUCGCGUGAAAAUGCAUUAAUAAAGAGGCAGUAACGAAAUUAUUAUAUAAUCGUCCUAUGAAAGAUGAUACGUUUGCCACAUACAUCAGCGGUAUUUGUUUUAUUUGCACACAUAGUAUGUCAAACAUACUCCGUUAGUAGCGGGUCAGAGUCUAUCUCCUUCGAUGUUAACAAUGAAAUUGAUCAUACACCAAAACUUGAAGCUCUUCUGGGGUCUUCAACGACAGAUGAAACUCAGCCAGUAUUUCCUGAGCGCGCGGAUGCGGUUUAUUUUAUUAUAGCGUUACAUGGCGGAGCCAAACUAUGGGGUCGUACUUUAGCCAGAACAUUAUUGGAUAUGGGUGUUCCAUUUUCCAAUCCCCAGGGUCCUCCUUUGAGACCAAUCAUUUUGGAUCUCCCGCCAAACGGAAGAUAUUCUUCGAAGGUCUUAACAACCCUCUGUGAACUUAUCGAUGGUGUUCCAUUGGCAGGAAUGAUCGUGGUUGGAGAAGGACAAGCGGCAAAGAUGAUUGCACUAGCAGGAAGUUCAAUGAAAGUACCUGUUCUUUGGGCCAAAGGAGGUGUUGCUAGUUUUCAUGGCACUUUCAAUGAGCUUAUGUCGAAAUCGCAAGCAAUAUUACAACCAUCUUCACGUGAGAUAUUUGAGGCAUUACAAUCAAUACUUUUACAGACACACUGGUACUCAUUUUAUGUUUUGUCUGAUGUAAAAACAACUAUGCUAUUGGAAGGAGCCGAAGGAUACACACUGAAAAGAAAGCCUCUGUGUGCCACUAUAUUACAGUUACCCACGAAUAAUGACCUCAUCUAUAGGCAACUAGCGAGAAUUUCGCAAACAACUAGAGGUGUCGUUAUCUUGCUCUGUGAAUUACACGUAGCUCGCCGAAUUUUAGCCGAAGCACAGCGCAUGAAAAUGCUAAAUGGACACUUCGUUUGGCUGUGGGCUGACACAACAACAUCUACGGAGUUUUAUGAUCCGAUCCAGAUUCCAUUUGAAAUAUUCGGCUCUGAAGCAGAUGAAGAAGAAGAACUCCACUUUAACAAUCCGUUACACAAUUUUAGUGCAGGGUUGGAAGAUGAUUUUUAUGAUGCUACAGAUAUAAUUCAACAGUCCCAUAUUGCGGAUCUGGUGGAACGAAAAAUGGACUUUGAGUUCUUUGAUCUCAAAUAUAAAAAGAAUCGCACCAGAACAGAAAACAAACAUCGUCCUUAUAGUAUUGCUAAACCGGAUGAAAUUAGCACAGAUUCCAAAAAUCUUGCAUUGUCUAGUAAAAGAGAUGACCUGUUUAAACGUAACUUAGGUAGUAAACGUAAUAUAUACAACGAGAACGUUAAUGUAUCUGCUGUUCAGAACUAUUCAUCGAACGGAGAUCAAAACAUAUUGAUACGUACAAAUAAUGUUGCAAUUGAUGAUAGUCGAAAUCCUAAUCAAAUUAAUGGUGCUACUUACAAAUCUACCACUUCACACGUUAGUGAGCAAAAUCAAAAAAAGAGUGUUCAUAUGGAUCCUAGUGAGCUAGUCAAUUUGUCUGACUUAAAAAUUAAGCGAGCUAAGAAUUUUAUGAAGUAUAUCAACGUUUCGUCACACGUGUUGUUUCAUCAUUUUCAAGAUUUCCCUGUAGGAUUGCUUGCAUUAAGGCCUGUAACAAUGAAAGUGGAUAGGCACUUCAUAAGAUCUACAGUUAGACUUUUUGCGUCAACAUGGGCCAAGCUAGAGCAAGAAGGAGAUAUUGUUCGAAAACCUUCGGUGGUCCAAGAUAAACAGCAAAUACCAAACAAAUCUAAAUAUUUUUUCACUAAAUCUAAAAAGUACAAGCGCACUGUCAGUAGCUAUAAAAAUUCAACUGGUAGUGAUUUGAAUGGUAUGUCGAGCCAAAUUGUAGGAAUCGAAGUUAACAAUAAUACUAUUGAUCAUAGUAACAAAAACGAUAACAUAACUAACCAAAAUCAGGGCGAAUCUGACACCGCCAUGAAAUCGCCAACCCAGAAGGCAGAGAAAAAAUCCUACCGAGCUUCGAAAGCUAAAGUUGUUUAUAGUGCAGCUCAAUCAAAUAUGUCAAGUGAAAGCAAUAGUAGCAAUAAACAUGCAAAGCCGACAAUACCACUUAAACUAAAGCGGCAGCAAACUUGGUGGUCUACAAAGGGAUACGAGAGCAGAGCUCAUGGCAACGACCGUAUCCAUGCUAAAGGAGGUACUCCACGAUACCGAAAUGGUUGCUAUGGGACCAUUAGUCACACUGAACUGAAGAAAGCUGAACUAUUUACAAGAUAUUUACAAGAAGGUGUUACUAGAGGCUUAGUGGGUCUACCAUCUAUGGAUAGUCUUGUGGAAAAGUCUCUGACUGCUCAUUAUGAAAUUCUUAAUCUAGUUCCUGUCACGAAACGUUCCGUUCUACAAAAGGAGAUGCACCAUGAAAUGCCGAGUAAUCGAAUCGAUAACACAAAUAUGACUAAGUGGCGUCGCGUAGGGUUUAUUUCUGGUAGAAAUGUGCAUCUGGAUACCAUUGUUUGGCCAAGUGGUGAUAUUGUUGUUACAGGACUCUCAUCUAAAGCUCGAUCGGUGUUUCGUAUUGUGGUAGCACUUGCACCUCCUUUUGUCAUGGAAACGGAAACAGGUCCUAACGAACGUUGCCUACGAGGAGUGUUAUGUUACCAGAUGUAUACCUCUGGGAGGCAUAAUUUAUCUCAGAUUUUCAAUAGCAUCGAAACUCUAAAAAGAUUAAAAGAGGUAGGCCAAAACAUGGAUAUCAAGGAACAAUCGAGAAUGAAAAGAUUGUAUAGUACUAGGUGUUGUUUUGGCUUAUCAAUGGAUUUGUUACAGAAAGUGGCACAGGAUCUUGGUUUCGAAUUCGACUUGUACAUUGUGAAAGAUGGUUUAUUUGGUCGCAAAAUACCAUCGAAAGAAAAUUUGCCUUCACCUCCUAAGAAACUCCCUGAGAAAAAAGUGGAAUUGUCUAAAUUCGACGCUCAAUCCGGCAGAAGCUUGAAGCGUGGUUCAAAAUUGUCGCAAAUUUUGGAUAUUGUACCGCAAACGCCGGACACGUAUGAACAUCUAGAGGCAAAUCAAGCUAAAUCGGUAUCCCAUUCCAAAAUACAAUGGAGUGGUAUUGUAGGAGAGCUUGUAUCGGGCAGCGCGGAUAUGUCAUUUGCUCCUCUGAGUGUGUCAAAAGAACGAGCACGUGUAAUAGACUAUAGCAUUCCUUUCUUCCAUGGAGGCGUAUCCUUGCUUGCAGCACCCCAAUCGAAUCCUGACGUGCCACUUUUGGCAUUUCUUUUGCCAUUUUCUCCGGAGCUUUGGAUUGCUAUAUUCACAUCAUUGAAUAUAACUGCUGUCGCUGUUGCAAUUUACGAAUGGUUAAGCCCGUUUGGUUUAAACCCAUGGGGACGACAAAGAAGUAAAAAUUUCAGCAUGUCAUCAGCUCUAUGGGUUAUGUGGGGUUUGUUAUGCGGUCAUCUAGUGGCGUUUAAGGCACCAAAAUCGUGGCCUAAUAAGUUUCUUAUUAACGUUUGGGGAGGAUUUAGUGUGAUUUUCGUUGCUUCGUACACUGCUAAUAUUGCAGCAUUGAUUGCAGGACUGUUUUUUCACAAUGAAGCUGGAGGAUACAGUGGGCCGCUACUGAAACAACGAAUUGGUGCACCGGUUGCCACAGCAACUGAGUAUUACGUUCAACUGAACGACAAGAUCUUGUGGGAACAUAUGAAAAAAUAUCAACUAACGAACAUUCAGGAUGGCAUCGAACGAUUGAAGAAUGGAUCAAUCGACUUGCUGAUGGCUGACUCACCCAUACUGGACUACUAUAGAGCAACAGAUCACGGAUGCUCUUUGCAGAGAGUCGGUGAUACUUAUGUAGAUGAUUCAUAUGCGAUUGGAAUGAAUAAAGGGUUCCCACUGAAAGAGACAAUCUCUGCACUUAUUUCAAAAUAUUCAAGUGAUGGCUACCUAGAUAUCCUGACAGAAAAGUGGUAUGGAAGAUUAGCAUGCUUCAAACUGGAUCGUGAUAUAGGACAACCGAAGCCGUUGGGUGUCGCGGCGGUAGCCGGAGUUUUUCUACUGUUGGGUUUAGGAAUGAUUUUGGGACUACUUAUACUUAUUUUUGAACAUUUGUUUUACAAGUAUGCCUUGCCGAUUUUAAGACAUCAGCCAAAGAAUACCAUUUGGAAAAGCAGAAAUAUAAUGUUUUUUAGCCAGAAACUUUAUAGGUUUAUAAAUUGCGUUGAACUAGUUUCACCACAUCACGCUGCCAAAGAAUUAGUUCAUACUAUUCGACAGGGUCAAAUAACCAGCUUGUUCCAAAAGAGCAUCAAAAGGAAGGAAGAUGAACAAAGACGUCGACGUAAAAGUAAAGCUCAAUUUUUCGACAUGAUUCAGGAGAUAAGAAGAAAUAUGUAUUUGAACAGAGUUGAACUGGCAGAAUGUGAUACAUCUCUUCAAACAUUAACUAAAAAUACUGGACCAGGAACGUCAUCAACUGCAACCAUUACACCAGUUUCGAAAGCUAAAUACAGUCCGAAACCAGGGAUUUUUGGAAUAGGGAAAUUUAAAUCCAAUCCUUCAACUCUGAAUGUGAGACGAUUUAGCACUGACAGCAUAAUCAGUGCACGUUUGGACACAAUCGGACGAAGAUUGAGUCGGGAUAUGACUAACUCUCCACCAGACCUUAAUCAUCGCUUCGAAACAUUUGGAAAACUUAAUGACGGAGAUGGUAAAUUCGAUACAUAUUCCGGCAAGGAAACAAAAGAGGCUAAUACUUUAAACAAAUUUGAUACAUUCAGUGGAAAAAUUGAAAAUAGUGAAAUAAGCGAAGAAAAAAAUCCAAAGCUUCCUAAAAAAACAGGUAAACACAACAAAAGAUCACCGUUAAAACCAGAAUUGUAUGUUAAAAGUAAAAAGUUUACACGAGAAGAAGGCCGACUGAUUCCUAUUAGCGAACGAGUUGCACAUGGUCUCGCGCCUCCAUUUGUCGAGACCGAUGCGAGCACUGCUCUUCUCCGAGACAAAUUACAUGAAGAGCUUCGUUUGAAGUACGGCUCACAUGAAUUUAACAAAAACAAUCGAAAACCAACCGCACAAAAGGGUGCACCACACAGUCAAGUUGAUGCAACGAACACCAUUAACAGACAAACAAAAGCACCUCGCUAACAAAAACGAAAAAAUAACGAUUAACUACAAGAACGCCAAGUAGUUUUAAUAAUUCAAGAACUCGUGGAUAGCCAACGGUUUACCAAUUCAAAGUAUACUUUGGUAACCUCCGUCGUGUUUGGCGGGUAUCUGUUAGGAAAUAAUAACUAAGAGAUUGUUUUGAGAAAAAGAAGUUAUUUAAGGGUGACUGGCCAUCUAGAGAGAAUGUUUUUUUACUAUUCAAAUUUUUUAUCGAUUAUUCUAUCUUCAACGUACUUAAUAAUUGAAGAAUGUUCUAGGAGAAAAAGCUUUUUGAAGGAAAUGGGCGAGAUCACGGUCACAGGAUGGUAGCACUUCCAGAGCAACGGCACGAAGGAUGCUCGCGCUGUUCGCAAAUGCAGUGAAACGAGUGAUUCUUCUUGAACUAACCAUUUAGAAACUACCGAACAGUAUGAACAAUCUGUUUAACAUAUACUGCCGUGAUAAGCAUAACAGUCCCACCUGCAUAGGAAAUCCAUAGCAAAUGGGACUGUUAUGCGUGAUUCAAAGUUUAUUUGGUAGCGUAGUGCAAAAUGUCAACCACCAAAAUUGAUUUACUACAAUAUUAGCUGUUGAUAUCGUAUUUUUAAUUUGCAAUGCGCAAGAAAAAAAUACAAAAUUUUUGAGUUUUACUUACUAUAAAAUAACUACAAAUAAAAUAAAAACUCGCACUCAUAUGUCAGAUGUAUAUAGUAAACGCGACGAUUCGCUCCCUUUUUUGAAACUCCUACAAGGCAUUAAUUCACGAGAAGGUUCAUUCUGUCCUUUUGCGAUUUAUUUGAGAUAUAUAAUCACAUAUAUUUUAUUUUUAACAUAAACAUUUAACAUUUGAUAAACAAUUGGCUAGAAGCACAGAUCCUCCAUGUUAAUCAUUUCAAUCUAUUCCAGGCUGUGUUAUCUCGUGUUGCAUGUAAUUAAAGGCUUGGUGUGACGCUCGGUUCGAAUAUAUUCUGGUUGCAGUUGAAAACUGGAAAAUCCAACCAACGAUAGUCGUAUUUUUUCUGGUUCUAAACAAUGGAAUCACGUCGGAAGUAGUGCGCUGUAUUCGUACAUCAUAGACAAGAGAAAAAACGUGUCUAAUCCACCUAAUAGUGUGAUGAGACAUUUCUUAUAACUCUUAUCACUCUCUUCGGAUAUUAUAUCGUUUGAGAACAUUUAGAACAUGAUGCUUCGCGAUGUUUUUGAUAACACAUACCACAUGGGAUAGUGGCAGGACUCAGAGACCCAAAAAAAGACAUACCAACGAAUUAUUGUUAAUGCUCUGUUAAUAAAAUAUCUAUAUUGUGGUGGGAAAACUGAAUUUUCCUAAAGGGGUUGUAUUGUACGAUUUUUAUAAAAAAUCGAAUUUUUUUGUUGAAUCGAUUUGAAGCUUAUACUUUACUCAAAUUUCCAACGCGACUGAGAACUAAGAAAUCAACGCUUUUUCUUGAAAAGGGCGAUACUAGCAGUGAUACCAUUCAAAGAAAAUCAACAGUAAAUAUUUCCAGACUUGGUUUUAUUUCCUAUUUAAUAACUAUUGUGUUUUUUACAUUUCUUAUAAAAGAAAUGUAUAGAAUUCGCUCAAACUUUCAAGAUUUUUUCCGAGGCCCGGAGGGCUGAGUCUUAUAUACCAAUCGACUCAGCUCGACGAUUUGGGACAAUGUCUGUGUGUGUAUGUAACGGACAAAUUCUCAUUCGUGUUUCUCAGCAAUGGCUGAACCGAUCUUAUCCAAACCAAUUUUAAAUGAAAGAACUAAAAAACAGUAUGAACGUUAUUAAUUUGUUUUUGAUUCUGAUGUUUAGUUUCCAAGAUAUGAAUGUUUGAAUGCGUGAAAAUGGCGUUUGUUGCAGUUUUUUUUAAAUUAUCUGCCGAAAUUGACGAUAUAGAUUAACAAUUUAUAUGCUUUUAGACAGCUUUAACGAAUACCUUUCGUACAAGCUAUAGAUUGUUGAAAUCGGACUAUUAUCAAAAGAGAUAUUUAGCAUUAAAUGCGGACGAAAGAUUUUUAUCAUUUCCCAUUGCCAGAAAUAUGACCAAAAACAUGUAAUCUAUUAUUAACGCCAAAACGGCUUAUUUUAGGUCAAUAGUAUCUUCGGAGAAUUUAAUGGAGGCAAUAUUUCCUUUCUUUUGGUAUUGUGCUUUUACUGAUUAAUCCCCCUGUGAGUGAGAUAUUUUCACACAUUUUUUUACAAGUGCUUAUAUCGAAAUGAUGCCUUCAGCAAAUUUAUAGCUUUUACUUUUGCGAAUAACUUUACUGAAGACUUCAAAUAUCUAUUUUGAAUAUUUUAAAAAUUAUGACUUGUUGUUUGUUGAUUACUCUUUGUCGCCUAUUUAUUGUUCAAUAUUCUAAAUAUUACUAAAUAAUCCAUUGAAAUAAGCCAAACAUUUUUUCGAUAAAACGAAUUUUGCAUUUCAUUUUACUAUCUACAACCGCUAGAAAUAAUCACCGAACACUUCCAAGUUGUCUGGAAGGAACUUGAUAACUUAUCAGUGCAAAAAUGUUCAUUUGUGCGAACCUUCUGACUGCAAUUUUUCUAACUUAUGACCAUCGGAUCGAUCUGAAACAUAUCGGAAAAUGAAAACCGAAAUAAAUAACUCCAAGCAACGGCGUAGCCAAGAGAAGGUUUUGGGGUUUAACACCAUACAAAAGCCCCCCCCCCCCCCUUCACAACACCCAAAAAAAAUAUUGGAUUGAAGUUGAAAAUUUAUUGAUGCAGACUGAUUUAAUUCAAUAUUACAAUAACAAUUAUCUAAUCCGUAGAUUGAUAACCUGUUGUUGUAAACAUCAUGAGGACUUCUGAUAAAUUGUCGGAAUGGGACCCUGAUAUAUAACUGAUCUCUUGGUCUUGAUUUCACAGUUGUCUAAUAGCAUCAAUAUCAAAUUUCUGCCUGAAAACAUUCCAAUAGAAAAUUCCAGAGUUCUGUAAUCAAUCAUAAUCCUCAGAUUUAUUUUCACAGUGAUCUCGUUUUUGUAGAGAUGUACUGUAAUAAGGGUCUUUAUUUAAUAGGAAGCGAAGUUAAAAUUGACUUAAUGUCUAUGAAACAUAGAACUGCUCACCAAAAAAAUGCAUAAAUUUCAACAUUUGCUAAAAAUGUUUUUGCCUUUCUCAUUCACUCUAAAAUUCGUCGAUCUAAUCCCGACCGGGAGGGCCGAGUGUCAUAUGCUAAUCGACUCAGUUCGUCGAGAUCGGAAAAUGCCUGUGUGUGUAUGUAUGUAUGUCUGUAUGUAUGUGUGUAUGUGGAAAAAAAAAUGUGACCUCUGUUAAUCAGAGAUGGCUGGAUCGAUUUGCACAAAGUUAGUCUCAAAUGAAAGGUACAAUCUUCCCAUCGGCUGCUAUUGAAUAUUUUAUUGAUUGGACUUCCGGAGUGACGAGUUGGAGAGUGCAAUCACACAGCAAAUUCCCAUAUAAACUGAAAUGAAAAAUUUUCAAAAUCAAAUUUGUAUUUUUGAUGCCAAAUGACAUUAUAAUUCAUGAAACAUUGAGAUUUGAUGUAAACUCGACAAAAUAACGUUUGACAAAAAUUGAUUUUUUUGGACUUUGGUACUUUUUUGCUCUGUUACUAUUUUCUGAAAUAUUAAUUCUGCAUAAUUUUAAAACCUCAAAAAUUACGGUUUCGGAAUUAUGUCGUUUAGACAUUAAGAUCGAUUUUCACCAAACCCCCACCAAUUGUAAAAUUGGUAUUGUAAAAAAACGUAAGGGCGAUACUUCAAUGCUGAUAGGUGGGACCGAAAAAGUAAACAAUCGGCAAAGGGACUAUAUACUAUAUAUACAAUCAUUUUGUCAAUUUCAAUAGCAAACACAAAUUUUAAUUUAAUAAUUUCAAAUACUUCAUGAAGUUUUAGGUUUCGAUCACUGAAUCAUGCAAUCUAGGAUGUAAAAAACACAAUAGUUCUUAAAUAGGAAAUAAAACCAAGUCUGGAAAUAUGCACUGUUGAUUUUCUUUGAAUGGUGGGUUUUUUCAAGAAAAAGCGUUGAUUUCUUAAUUCUCAGUCGCGUUGGAAAUUUGAGUAAAGUAUAAACUUCAAAUCGAUUCAAAAAAAAUUCGUUUUUUUUUGGCUCAGUACAAUAUACAUAACCCCAUUAGAAAAAUCAGUUUUCCCACCACAAUGUAUUGAUUGAGGAAUUUAGAUAUUUUAUUAACAGAGCAUUAGCAAUAAUUCGUUGGUAUGUCUAUUUUAUGGACCAUUUUUUCGCCUUCCCAUUGAUUUGGUUUGAGAUUUCUAGCACUGAUGUUAUCCUAUGCUGAUUUGAGUGAUUCUCUGAGUCCUGCCACUAUCCCAUGUAGUAUGUGUUAUAAAAAACAUCGCGAAGCAUCAAGUUCUAAAUGUUCUCAAACGAUAUAAUAUCCGAAGAGAGUGAUAAGAGUUAUAAGAAAUGUCUCAUCACACUGUUAGGUGGAUUAAAAGUGUUUUUACAUCCUAGAUUGCAUGAUUCAGUGAUCGAAACCCAAAACUUCUUAAAGUAUUAGAAAUUAUUAAAUUAAAAUUUGUUUUUGCUAUUGAAAUUGACAAAAUGAUAGUAUCGCCCAUUUGGCGAUUGUUUACUUUUUCGGUCUCACCUAUCAGCAUUGAAGUAUCGCGGGCGAAACUUUAAAUAAACAAACAAAAAUACAGUUUCGCCCGUUGUAUUUUUUGCUGUAGUUUAAGAAAGCAAUAUGGUAGAAUCCAAAUUUUUAGGUUAAUUUGUUGCGUUUCAAAGCCCUCAUUCGCAUGUAUGAAAAAAGCCCUAUGUUUACAUUUGUAAGUAUCGCCCUUUUCACAAAAAAAGCGUUGAAAUGAAAUCGCAGCUCCUGAUAUCACGAUAUCUCUGAAGUGCAUGCGUGCAUAGUUUCAAAUUUUACUUCGACAUCGACUUUUUCUAGAGGUGACUUCCCAGUAGUAUCCUUGAUUUGAAUUAUUAUCGCUAAUCCUAAUGCCAAAGAACAAAUAAAAACCUCACGAAAACGAACCGUUUGGGAAAAUCAUCAUCAUUACUAGAAUUUUCAUUUUCACGAAACUUUUCGAUAACCUUCCAUCACUUGCGUUAAUGCACUGGGUGCACAAUGCUCUGAAAAUCUAGCGAAAUCCUUUUAGGGCACCAGCGGGUCUGUAAAGAAUACUAAAAAUUAAUUUCUAUUCCAUAAUUUUCAGUUCUGCAAUUCGAGAGAUCGUGCUCACCGCAAGCCAUGAAAAAUAGACUACGUUGUGAAGCGAUGGUUACUAUUUAUUAAAAAAUCACGGUUAAAUAAAAAUAAAACUAUUAAAAAAUUUCAAAUAGUUCUUAUUUUUCACAAACUUAUUAGGAAAAAAUGUUUAAUAAACUUUCGUAAUAUUGUGUAGGAAAAAAGCUGAAAAUUUCAGUAUUUUCUCUAUCUGCAACAUAUAAACCCUUAAGUAUACCAAUUAAUUGGUAUACGAAUUGGAAUAGGUUCGCCAAAUUUUGGAAGAAGUCUAUAAAAUAACCCCUUGAAAACUACCUAAAAAUUGUUGUAGUUCGAUGCAAUAAAAAAAUCUCCAAAAAUUGUUGUUGUUGUUGUUAUUUAUUUUUGACACUUUACACCGAAGAGCGGUGCAUUCGUGUCGAAGGUCAGUUUUUGCUUCUAAUUUAAUGUACAAUUCAGUUCACAAAUAAUGUUAAUUUCUAUACUUUACAAUUGUUUGUAUAAAUUCGCUUCCUUAAGGAAGUUUAGCAAUUUCUUCUCGCUGUCUGUGUCGUUGCCUAAAGCAGCUCCCAGACUCGUCGAAUUUAUGUCAUGCAUCCUUCUAGCAUCGUCGUAUUUUCUACACCGAAGAAUCACGUGACGGACGUCGACUAUCACUCCACAGCAGUCGCACAUAGGAGGAGGCGUUUUGUUGAGCAAAAAAUCGUGUGUUAAUCGUGUAUGGCCGAUCCUCAGCCGUGUUAGCACACGCUGGUCUGUCCCAUUAUCGCGAUCUUUCCAACGGUACGUAUCAAAUUUGACUUCCCUGAGUUUUGGGUCUCGGGAAGCAAACCAUUGUUCAUCCCAAUGUUGUCGUAUGGAUGAUCGCACAGCUCUUAAGGCAUCCUCCGCUGGGAUCGGUAUGUCGACAACUGCUUGACUCCUCGCCUCGUUGGCCAGUCGAUCGGCUUCGUUGUUGCCUUGAAUGCCGGCAUGACCAGGGAUCCAGCAAAACCGGACAGAUCUACCGCGUGAUAUAUUUUCUAUCUCUUGUAUCCAAGGGUGCUUAGAUUUACCAGUCUCUAUGGCCAACAGGCAACUCGCUGAAUCCGUGAGGAUUACCAAAUCCUUAAUGUUUGGGACUGUUAGUGCCAUACGGAUAGCAAAAGCUUCUGCCGAAAAGACACUGCAGUGUUGUGGAAGGCUGCGCAUCCGUCCCAUUCCUUCUCUAUAAAGACCGGCACCCACUGUGUUCUCGCAUUUGGAUCCAUCAGUGUAUAACACGGAUGACGGUGCACAAUGCUCUGAAAAUCUAGCGAAAUCGUUUUAGGGCACCAGCGGGUCUGUAAAGAAUACUAAAAAUUAAUUUCUAUUCCAUAAUUUUCAGUUCUGCAAUUCGAGAGAUCGUGCUCACCGCAAGCCAUGAAAAAUAGACUACGUUGUGAAGCGAUGGUUACUAUUUAUUAAAAAAUCACGGUUAAAUAAAAAUAAAACUAUUAAAAAAUUUCAAAUAGUUCUUAUUUUUCACAAACUUAUUAGGAAAAAAUGUUUAAUAAACUUUCGUAAUAUUGUGUAGGAAAAAAGCUGAAAAUUUCAGUAUUUUCUCUAUCUGCAACAUAUAAACCCUUAAGUAUACCAAUUAAUUGGUAUACGAAUUGGAAUAGGUUCGCCAAAUUUUGGAAGAAGUCUAUAAAAUAACCCCUUGAAAACUACCUAAAAAUUGUUGUAGUUCGAUGCAAUAAAAAAAUCUCCAAAAAUGAAAUGUACCUAUUAAUGUGAAACACAGCGAAUUAUACAUACAAUAAAGACCCAUUUUUAUCAGUCUCAUGGUGUAUUUUAGGCUGACAAAAUGGGGACAUUGACUAAAUCGGGCAAUUUUUUUCUUUAUAAUAAACUGAAGCUGUUUAAAUAUUCUUCUCGUUCCUUGAUGUAGUCUGAUAACUAUUUCUGAUUAUGAUGAACUUUUUAUUUUCGCAUAUUUCACAUAUCUUCAUGAUAAGGAAAACAUGCUCAAGAAAGGAUUUACUCGAAUUCAGUCUUGUUCGUCUGCUAAAGCCCAUCAAACAUAUGUUCAUAUUUGGCUGAUAAAAUCGGGGUUUCAAUGUGUUAUAAUAGAUAUUCAGCAUUCGAAGAAGUUUCUUGUGAACGAGUGUAGAACGACUUUGUUUCUACUUACUUGAAGUCAGCGGCGUAGCCAGAAAUUCGGUUUGGUGGGGGUUUGGUGAAAAUCGAUCAUACUGUCCAAACGGCAUAAUUCCGAAACCGUAAUUUUUGAAGCUUUAAAAUCAUGCAGAAUUAAUUUUUCAGAAAAUAGUAACAGAGUUCGUGUCUUUAGCGAAUUUGUUGAGACUUUAUUGUAGUCAUGAAUAUUAACCUGAGAAAAUUUACCAUACAUACUUCUUGGACGAUAUACCGUCAAAAUUAUUUUAUCAAAUGAUGCGCUGUUUAACGUUUGUAAAACUCACCGAAGAUACUAAACCUCCGAAAUUGGCGGUUUCAAAAUGAUGCUAUCUUGACCUUAAAUUAUUGUUUUUAAACAUUUGACCUAUACAUAUAAUUGGUCAUACAACAAAAAUCAAAUGCUCAUCAAAAUCGAUCAGAACCUGCUAGAAUCGAAUGGAAAUCGUCAUUUUUCAUAAAUUUCUCUCUACAUUCGGAAAGUGUUAUCCUCGUUAUUAAUCAUAUUACGUUUUCGUCUCAACUCGACGCAUUCCCAAAAUAAAAACCUGUUUUAAGCCACCUAGUGGUGCAAUUGUGCUUGUCUCAUUUGUCCAGACUACGAUGGUUAUGUUCAAUAAAACGGUGGAAAUUAAUAUUACAUGUUCAGUACGAUUUGCACAUACAUACAAUGGAUCGACAGCCUCUUAAGAUACUAUGUGAUACUGAAACAUCGCUUGAAACCAGCGGCGGUUCAUGGAGAAAGAUCCGGGAGUUGCUGCCGAAAUUUUUCAACUUGUUAAGAAAUUUUAAACUAGUUUUAAUUUAAAAGUAGCAACCCCUCACUGCAUACUCCCUCCGGGCCGGAAUAAUUGACGAUUUUUGGAGUGAUUGCAUAACCUUUCUAUAUGAGAAAGGCAAAAAUGUACCAAAGUUCAAAGAAGUCAAUUUUCGUCAAACAUCUCAAUGUUUCAUGCAUUUUAAAGUCAUUUGGCAUCAAAAAUACAAAUUUGAUUUUGAAAAUUUUUCAUUUCAGUUUAUAUCGGAAUUUACUGUGUGAUUGCACUCUUCAACUCGUAACUUCGGAACCGGAAGUCCAAUCAAUAAAAAAUUCAAUUGCAGCCGAUGGGAAGGUUGUACCUUUCAUUUGAGACUAACUUUGUGCAAAUCGAUCCAGCCAUCUCUGAUUAACAGAGGUCAUAUUUUUUCCACAUACACACAUACAUACAGACACAGACAUUUUCCGAUCUCGAAGAACUGAGUCGAUUGGCAUAUGACAUUCGGCCCUCCCGACCGGGAUUAGAUUGACGAGUUUUAGAGUGAAUGAGAAAGGCGAAAACAUUUUUAGCAAAUGUUGAAAGUUAUGCAUUUUUUUUGGUGAGCAGUUCUAUGUUUCAUAGAUAUUAAAUCAAUUUUAACUUUUUUUAUGAUUGAUUACAGAACUCUGGAAUUUUCUACUGGAAUGUUUUCAGGCAGGAAUUUGAUAUUGAUGCUAUUAGACAACUGUGAAAUCAAGACUAAUAGAUCAGAUACAUAUCAGGACCCCAUUCCGACAAUUUAUCAAAAGUCCUAAUGAUGUUUACAACAACAGGUUAUCAAUCUACGGAUCAGAUAAUUGUUAUUGUAAUAUUGAAUUAAAUCAGUCUGCAUCAAUACAUUUUCAACUUCAAUCCAAUAUUUUUUUUUGGGUGUGGUGGAAGGGGGGUGUGGGGUUGUAUGGUGCUAAACCCCAAAACCUUCUCUUGGCUAUGCCGUUGCUUGGAGUUAUUUAUUUCGCUUUUCAUUUUCCGAUAUGUUUCAGAUCGAUCCGAUGGUUAUAAGUUUGAAAAAUUGCAGUCAGAAGGUUCGCACAAAUGAACAUUUUUGUACUGAUAAGUUAUCAAGUUCCUUCCAGACAACUUGGAAGUGUUCGGUGUUUAUUUCUAGCUGUUGUAGAUAGUAAAAUGAAAUGCAAAAUUCGUUUUAUCGAAAUAAUGUUUAGCUUAUUUCAAUGGAUUAUUACUAUAUUGAACAAUAAAUAGGCGACAAAGAGUAAUCAACAAACAACAAGCCAUAACUUUUAAACUAUUCAAAAUAGAUAUUUGAAGUCUUUAGUAAAGUUAUUCGCAAAAAGUAAGAGCUACAAAUUUGCUGAAGACAUCCCAAGUAACAAUUGAAGUUUUAUAGCACGCUACAAGUGCAAUCUAAGUUUUAUCAGUGGCUAUAAAACUAUCAAAACCAAAUUUGUUACUAGGGAUCAUUUCGAUAUAAUCACUUCCAAGAAAAUUUGUGAAAAUAUCUCACUCAUAGGGGGAUUAAUCAGCAAAAGCACAAUAUCAAAAGAAAGGACAUAUUGCCUCCAUUAAAUUCUCCGAAGAUACUAUUGACCUAAAAUAAGCCGUUUUGGCGUUAAUAAUAGAUUACAUGUUUUUGGUCAUAUUUCUGGCAAUGGGAAAUGAUAAAAAUCUUUCGUCCGCAUUUAAUGUUAAAUAUCUCUUUUGAUAAUAGUCCGAUUUCAACAAUCUAUAGCUUGUUCGAAAUGUAUUCGUUAAAGCUGUCUACAAACAUAUGAAUUGUUAAUCUAUGUUGUCAAUUUCGGCAGAUAAUUUAAAAAAAACUGCAAAAAACGCCAUUUUUACGCAUUCAACCAUUCAUAUCUUGGAAACUAAACAUCAGAAUCAAAAACAAAUUAAUAGCGUUCAUACUGUUUUUUAGUUCUUUCAUUUAAAAUUGGUUUGGAUAAGAUCGGUUCAGCCAUUGCUGAGAAACACGAAUGAGAAUUUGUCCGUUACAUACACACACACAGACACACACACAGACAUUGUCCCAAAUCGUCGAGCUGAGUCGAUUGGUAUAUAAGACUCGGCCCUCCGGGCCUCGGAAAAAAUCUUGAAAGUUUGAGCGAAUUCUAUACAUUUCUUUUAUAAGAAAUGUAAAACGAUUGUCGCUGCUUGGAUUUUCCAGGUUUCAACUGUAACGAUAAUAUGAUUCAUGAGCACUUUUAAAUUCUUAUCGUCAAUUACGAUACCAUACGACUUGUGUAAAACAUGUAUUGUUACCGAGUUAAACACACCCCGUUGCUAGUAGGUCAAGUAAUCGAUAAUGUAAUAUAGUAAACGGCUUCUUAGAUGGCAAAUCGUCCUUAAGUCACCAGUUUUAUAGUAUCGGACCAAAUUACAAUAAUUUAUAUUAACAUUUAAACAAUUUGUGAAUACACUUUUUCUGCUCUUACCCCCAAUUCCAUCCAUCCAAAAAACAUAUAUCAUUUAAAUAUAUUGCUAAUAUUUAAAUAAUAUAUAUUUUUAUGGAUUUGUGUAUAAGUAGAAAUAUUGGACAGUCGGUCUAAAAAAGUUGUUCAUUUUUCUCCUUUCAAAUUGUGGAAAUAUUAUUAAGUACCUUCUUUGUGUACACACUUUGAACUACCUGGACUGCCCACUUUUACUAAGUAGCAAAAGGAAAUAAAAGCAAUGUUAAGGAAUGAACUAGAGGAUUAGUCAACUUUGUUUAACAACUGAUUUACUGCCAAUGUCCUGCAAAAUAUAACGAAAUGUGUGAUAAAUGAUGUGUUUUCUAUCGUUUCUAAUAAAAUUGAAAACUUUCUUCGAAAUCUGCAUUAUAAUGCAUUUGUAUAUACCAGGAUUAAGAUAGUAAGCUUGUUAAUAAAUAUGAGACGUUGA